UUUCGUGAAAUAAAUUUGGCUAUUUUAUUGUAAAAUCUUAAAAUAGGUUUAAAUUAAAUACAUAAUUUAAUUUAGAGUACGUUUAUAGCACAUAGGUGCGAUUAAACAACGUACAAUCUCCACCCAUUUUAUGAGGUGUCGGUGAAACGCCAGCAAAUGCGGAGCGCAUCCUCGUUCACCGCACCCUUCGCUCAGCGCUUGCCGAACAAUUUCGGUCAAUAUUCCACUUCCAGCUAUCUCGUCUUCUGGUGAAUUAACAUAAAGGGCUGACUGGUCUAUGGCAAGAGCAAGAAGAUUUUUGCAGAAUGGAGACAUGGAAUCUAUCUAUUUUGCUGGAAAACCGUCGCUGAGUUAGCCAAUUGUUCCUACACGACAUUAUGGCUAAACAGUACGAUGUGCUGUUUAGACUCUUGCUUCUUGGGGACUCGGGUGUCGGAAAAACCUGUUUAUUAUGCAGAUUUACGGACAAUGAAUUUCAUCCUUCUCAUAUAUCCACAAUCGGUGUCGAUUUUAAAAUGAAGACGUUAGAGAUUGAUGGCAUCAAAGUGAGGACACAGAUAUGGGAUACAGCAGGCCAAGAGAGAUAUCAGACCAUUACUAAGCAGUACUACAGACGAGCGCAGGGAAUCUUUCUGGUGUAUGACAUCACAAGUGAGCGCUCCUUUCAGCACAUUAUGAAAUGGGCCAGUGACAUAGAUGAGUAUGCUCCUGACAGAGUUCAGAAGGUCCUUGUUGGGAACAAGUCUGAUGAGCAAGAAAAAAGACAAGUGGCCACAGAGCAGGGAAAUAAGCUUGCUAAAGCUUAUGGAAUGGACUUCUUUGAGACAAGUGCCUGUACGAAUCACAACAUUACAGAGUCUUUCACCCGAUUGGCUGAGCUGGUCUUGCAGGCCAAUAAAAAAGACCUUGAGGCCCUGCGUGUCUCCAUCAAUGACAAGCUCAGUCUUGCAGACCUGGAAGAGGAAGAGAGAGUGUGUGGUAGCCAUGACGAUGUCCAAAAGGCCUGCUGGUGCUGAGGACAGGAAGUAACAUAAAUGUAUUUUUGUUUUAAGAUUUUUUUUUAAAAAAAUCUCUGUUUGGCAUUUUUCAUGUUUAAAUGUAUUGUUAGGCUUGGUUUGGUGCCUUCCAGCUGACCGCUCCUAUAAUGACUAAAAACAAAACAAAGAGGCUAACCUUAAUGUCAUCAGGUGUAAGAGAUGUGAAGCUUUUUUAGCCUAGCUCUCUGUGUGCACGUGUAGCCUUUCCCACUAGACAGUGCUGUGUGGUACUGUGCUCGAUACUCGUCGCAAAGAAGCUUCUUUCACCAACACCACAGUGCUUCUCUGUUCUUAGUGACGCCAUCGUCCACUGGUUUAGUUUUAUUACGAUGUUUUAAAAUUAUAUUGACACAGACCAAUUAGUUGAUUAAAGAAAUAGACAGUCAGUUGGGUCAAAUGUGAGUGUGGAAGUGUUCAUGUUCACAGAGUUACUGUAGCCUUUUCCAAAGAGAGACCCUGUCAUAUGGAACCAAUUGGUUUCUUUGGCCAGUAAAAGGGGCACCAUUGGGACAUUGAUAUAAAGACGCUAUAAUUGUGGCUGUAAUACAUUUAUGAUAAACUCUCUCACUAUUGCUCCCUUAACCUGAAGUGAGGGCUGAAUCAGGUUGUUAUAAGUUAAAAAUGUCCACUAUUGUAAGUUCUGAAGUGUUGGAUUUUAGCAAAUUCAUUCAUGACCACAAGGUCCAAAUGAGAUUUAUACAUUUCCAUACUGGUUGAAAAUGACACAUUUAAUAGCAGUGUGCACUAUCAUUGGAAUUACUCUGAUGCAUUUAUUGCAACCGAUUCAAUGUAAGAUAUGCCCUUAUAACAUUUAAGUGCGUGCAAGUGAUAUUAUGGUAUGUUGUAUUGAAUGAAAUAUUACACAGUAUAAUGCUAACAUGUAUGUCUGUGCUAUUUGAAAACAUUUAAAACAAUAUGAAAUGCAACCUAAAUUUCAGAUACAUCUUUAGACUUCUUAUAAUGCAUAUGUGACUCUAUAUAUUAUAUGUAUUAGGCCUAUUGUGAUUCUAUUGAAGGAGUAUAAUGUUUAUGAAUAAAUAGAUACUUAUUAGAUAUUUUAA